AUGGAACACGCGCCUGGUGUUCCUUUGCACGAGAAGUGGCCAACUAUGGACGUAGAUGAACAAUCUGAGUGCGUUAGUAAGAUUAUAUUCGAACUCAAAGAUCUUGGCAAACUCGAAUUUCCGGCAUAUGGCAGCCUUUACUUUGCGAACACGCCGUACAUUACCGCAGCUGAACUACCCUCUAACCCGGGCUACUGCGUAGGCCCUCACUGUGGAUCUACCUAUUGGGACUACCUCGGUACCUCUCGAGUCCCCCCAAAGAACCUCAUAACCAAACACCCCCACUGGCAAGAAUUCCACGGAUCAACCACAGAACACUACGACCUACUCUCACAAGGUCGCGCGCUGAUAAAAGCAAUGGCCCGUCACCCCUCGAUCCAAGACUCUGCAAAGCCAUCCCUCUUCCACCCAUGUCUACACACAGAAAACAUCUUCGUCUCAGAAGACACCCCCACAACCGUCACAGCAAUCAUCGACUGGCAGUCCUGCAGCAUAGAACCAGCCUUCCACUACGCAGACAUAGCACCAGACUUUGCGCAACCACGCCCGCACGUCGAGAAAGAACGCGAGUUGAGUUUCAAACGCGAUGAAUGCGGCAUCCGCUUUGACGUGGGUCUUCUCGCAUUCUUCGGUCCCAUGUUUAAAGCCCGUCGAAUGGACACUGCGUACCUCGACCCCUUCCGCUACUGCCACCGCACGUGGAAGGACGGCUUCAUCCGCUUCCGCAACGAAAUCAUCCAGACGGCGCGGCGCUGGGAGGAAUUGGGAUUUGAAGGUCCUUGCCCUGUUGCUUUGCCCAGUGAUGCUGAGUAUGCGAAACACAUGGAAGAGUACGAGACUUUCGAGGAGAUUCAGGAAUGGAAGGAGAGUAAAGAGAUUGCGUUGAAUAGAGGAGAGGAUGGCUGGGUGCCGGCGGAGGCGUAUGAAAGGAUGCAGGCUUUGCAUUUGGAGUUGCUGGAAUAUAGUGUUCAGCAUAUGUUUGAGGGUGAGGGGAUUGGUAGGGAUACUCAAGUUGAGAAUUAUGAGUAUUUGAAGGAGGUGUGGCCUUUUGAUUUGCCGCGGGGUUAUAAAGAGGAGCUUAGGCGGGGGUGA